CUACUCCUGACGUGUCCAAGCGGUGGGAGGGCGGAAGUGAACCGAAAUUUCGGCGUUUUUGGUUGUUUUCGGGCAGAAUUUUACGCAACCAUGGAGGCUUUGUACCACCAGACCAACAAGAUGCUCCACGAGGUUCAGAAUGGGAUGGGCAGACUGGAGAUGGCAGGACAAGAUGAAGUUCACUUGGUAGAGAAUGACCUGCAGAGGAGAACGGAGCAGAUUUUCUCUAACCUGGAGCGGCUGGACAUCCUGGUCAGUAAGGAACCCGUCAACAGGAGGCAGAAUGCUAAACUGAGAGUCGACCAGCUGAGAUAUGAUGUGCAGCACCUUAAGGCAGCCCUGAGGAACUUCCAGCACAAGAGAUACCAGCGGGAACAGGAGGACAGGGACAGGGAGGCUCUGCUUAACAGGGAGUUCGCUCCUAAUGAGGACACAUCUAUUAUGAUAGACCACGCCUUGCAGCACAACUCCUCCCUACACAACGCACACAGGGGGGUCGACGACCUCAUCGGGUCAGGCAGCUCUAUCAUGGCCAGCCUGCAGGGGCAGAGGAGCACACUGAAGGGAGCCCAUAAGAAGAUGCUUGACGUAGCCAACAUGCUGGGGAUGUCCAACACAGUCAUGCGGCUCAUCGAGAAGAGAACCUUCUACGACAGGUUUAUUCUGUUUGGCGGGAUGCUCGUCACGGGUGUCAUCAUGUACCUGGCCUUCCAGUACCUCACGUAACAUCACCUGUCCUCUUAACGUAUAACGUCUACCUGAGACACUCAUCUUUCUGCCAAGUCUGCUUUAGAACUAUUUCUUACCUUUCCUAUUGGUUAAUAUCAUUAGACAAGGAAAUAACAGUUACUCAAGGAACUGGACAGCUUUUGAAAAUCUAUCAAUCCAUUUGCUUGAGUAAUUGUUAUUUCAUUGUCUGGCCUUCCAGUACCUCACAUAACAUCACCUGUCGUCUUACCUGAGACACUCAUCUUUCUCAAAUUCUGCCAGAUCUGCUUUAGGACUACAACCAUUUGCUACCUUUCCUUUUGGUUAAUGUCACCAGAACAUAGUAGGGUGGUUUCAUUCUUCAGGCUAACCAACAUUUAGCACACAGCAGUUAUCCCUCAGUAAGGCAUCUGGAGCUGCACAGUUCCCGUUAAGAACCUUUUCUUGCUGAAGGAUGUCUGUGAGCUAGAGGAAUGAAUCCACUGCACUCAAGCAACUGGAUAGGUUUUCAAAAUUUAUCAAAAUCUAUUUGGUUGCUUGAGUAACUGUUAUCUCUGUAUCUGAUUACCUCUAUACCUUGAUCUCAUAACCUUCAUCAACCCAUCACUUGUACAUGCAUGGUUGUCAUUAACCAUCAGCAAUAUGAAGUCCUGUACAUUUCACUGCACAUGUAUAAUCAAGUCAACUAACUAUAUGUCAUUAUGGAGAUAAGUUUAUGCUGAUAUAAAUAGUGUACAUAAUGUUGUUUAUCAAUCAGGUGAAGUGAAUAAGUCUUUUACUGGACUCGACAUGUCAAUUUUGCAGUUAUAACGCUUGUAUCUGCACAGUCUUGAAAAGUUCCAAGCUCGUACCCUUCCUUCCUUCCUUCAAUAGCCAAAGCCCAUGCCCUGCUAUCUAGACCUGAUUGUACCAACACAAAUGUACAUAUCAUGUAAUGCUGUUUUAUUGCAUUUCUCUAAAGAUAAAACAGCUUAACUUCAUAUUAAUCUCAUCUUUACUGAUAUCAUCAUCAUUUAGUACCCAGGAGUGUGUAUAAAAGGGCUAUUACAAGUCAGUUCAAUAAUUUAUUGUUCAAGUUAAAAUUUCCUGACUUGAGCCCCUCGCUAACACUAGUCAGCAGAUCUAUUGUAUCAGAGUCAAUUGUUAUCAGUACAAAUGAAAAUGUUUUAGACCUGAACAUUACAGGGUAUGAUUUACAAUGUACAAAUGUAAAAACAAUCCAUAUGUUACACCUUCCUUAAAAUACAUAUUAUAUCUUACAGAGGAAAACAGUGUUAUGACAGCAGUUUGUAAUUAUUUCCAUUGAAAUAAACCAUCUGUCCAGA